UUUUAAUUGUGCAAAUUUUUGUUUUUAGGAUGGGUUCUUAUGCUGAACGUCUCGAUCAAUCGCUAAAAAUACUUGAAAAUGUUUCCGUUGAUUCAACCGAUUCAAAGCUUCAACCAACUUCUUCUUUAAAAUCAAGGAGGAAUCCAAAAAUUUCAUUUGAAUGUGAAAAACAUGCUUUGUCUGAGUUUUCUAUAUUGUUAACCAAUUUGGAUUCUCUUGGUGCUGUUGGAAAUCAACAAAUUAGCCGUGAAAAACUGAGCCGAGCAAUUGCAGUUCUCUUUCAAUUUAUUAACCACCCUGAGCAAAGUCUUCGUUUUUUGGCUGACCAAAUAUUGGACGAAAUAUUUAGAAAAUUUGUUCUUAAAUUUCAAGCACCAAAAGUUAUUGCUUAUUUACUGACUGAAUUGGACAAAAAGAAAUCUCCUGGGCGUUUGAUUUGUUCCGUUUUACAAAAAUUAAGUUGGGUAGCUGUUUACACAAGAGCGCAUAGAGCAGAGGUUUAUAAUGCCCAUUUUUUAUGUGGAAUGAUUCAAUGUAUUCAAAGCCUGGAUGAUUCUGUUCAGCAAGCAAUUCAACGAUAUUUUCCUGCAAUAUUUGAUUUUUUUGGUCCUUUUAUUUCUGCUUCGCAUACAGAACGAGCGACUGAAUUAUUUAAUGUUGCAAUGAAGAAUUUAAGUUCGGGCGGUGUUAAAAAUAGGGCUGCCUCGACUGUUAUUAGUUGUCUUGCUAAAUUUGUGCCUUCUAUUCUUCAUAAAUCGUUUUAUCAACUAUCUGAUAUAAUCCUGCAAGGUAGAGAUGAUGAUGAACAACAUCAACAUGAAAUUGCGGGUGCUUUAAAUACUCUUUCUGUUAUUUUACCAUUUGUGUUAGAAAAUAUUAAUCAAAAUUUGGCUUUUAUGUUGAAAAAUUUACUAUGUCGUGUACUUUGUUGUCUUUAUAGCCGUGGAAAUGAAGUUGUUCUUGCUUCCCUUGAAUUUUUACAAAAAUUUGUUUCAAAACACCAACAAUUUAGGGAUUCUAUUCAACAAUUAGCUCAAUUUGAUCCUUUAUUUGUUCAAAUGCUUGGAUCUGAGGAAAGAUCUAUUUCAAAAUCAAAUAUUUAUUGUGUUGAUGAACAAAGACCAAGUUGUUCUAAAAUUGAAACAAUGAGCUGUUUCUCUAUGCGCACGGGUUAUUCUUUAUCUAGACCAGCUAGUGCAUGGAAUUCUCUACAAGAUUUAUUGGCAGAACAGAAAAUGCUGGGUUUAAAUUUGGAUGAACAAGCUAGCGAUGAACCUGAACAAAGUAAGGGGACUGUUGACGAUGCUGAAGAAAAUUAUCUGAAAAUUGAUGAGAAUCUUCAUGAAAAUGACGACAAUGUUUCUAUUAAUUCUGCUGAACUCUUUGUUGACCCUUUAAUGAACUGUCUUCAUCAACAACAAAAAUCUAUAAGAAGUUCUUCAUGGUCGCUUAGUCAAAAAUCAAAAAAUUUAAAAAGUAAUGAUGGAACACUUUCUAUGAGAACAAGAACUAACACCACUAGUGGACUUUUGACACCGAUUUCAAUUAUUAGUCGAUCUGUAGGUCAAAAAUCAUUUGAAGAUCAGCAAUAUACGAGCUCUGUUGUAUCAAGUGAAGAGAAUCAAGGAAUUUUAGAAUUUCUUCCUGACAAUUUCUGUAAUACUGGCGUCAAUUUUUGGAUCUAUUCAUCAUUAUUUAUUGCUAAAAAAUUUUUAUUGGCUGGCAAAGGAAGAAUUCGUUCUAAUCGAGAAGUACGAGUAUCUCAAAAAAUUAUUGCCUUGAAUUAUAUCUCGGAUUCUUUGCUUAUGGAAAGUUCACUUAUUCAUCAGCCGAUAUUUGAUUCUGAUGGCCAACAUUAUUCUCUUCUUGAUCUUCAUCUUUAUAUUGGUAACGAUGAUGAUAAUUUGGCAAUAGCAUCUUUAAAUUUUUUCUUUAAUGUUGAGAAAUGUUGUUUUUUCAACGAUCCUUCGCAAUUUGAUAAAUUUUUUGUGGAGAAAAGCAAAUUAAUUUGGUAUCUCAAAAAGACUCUUCAUUGUCAACGUAAUUCAAAUCGUCUCAAAGGAAUUUUUCAAAUAUUUAUCAAUUCAAUACCUUUUCUUUGCUCAACUGAAAGUUUGUUGUUAGCAUCUUGUGAGUAUGCAAUUAAUGCAGUUGACAUUGAUUAUUUUCGUGUUAAGGCAGUUAGAGCUGAAUUUAUUUCUAAAAUAAAAUGGUCUUAUACAUCACCACAAAUUCGUCAAAAAUUGUUAAAUGAAUUUUGCCGUGUUUUUCUUGUCCAAUUGUUUGAUAAAGAUCCUCGGGUUCAAAAAGCAACAUUGGAUGUUUUGCCUUUGUUCGUUUUAAAUAUUGAUCUCUGUCAGAAUACAAAUAUUUUUGCGCCAUUUUCUCUUCCCCAUUGUUUAGAAUCACAUUCUCCAUUACCUGUGAUAAUUGGAUUAACUGAUAAACAACAUUCCUUUUUUCAAACAAAAAUCUGUGAUGAAAAUUUCUUUUUUAUUUUUAACAAAAUUUAUUCACUUACUAUGGAUCAAUUUUUUGAUAAAAAGUUUGGAUUCGUCUCUGCAUUGGAAGUGCUUAUUAAUAAUUUUCCGCAAAAUUAUUUUUCUUUAAUCAAUGAGAAGCAAUUUGGAGGGAAGACAAAAGAAAAAGAAAGGUCGUUGACUAAUUCUCAAAGAGGAGAAAUGCCAUCUGUUUAUAGUAUGUUUCUUCUACUUCUGGAUUUUGCAGAGAAUAUUAUUUGUUCAUUAGAAGAAUUUGGAGUAGUCAUUAGAUUAAUAACGAAAUUGUUUUCAGCAAUAUCAACUUAUCUUAUAAAUCAAAAUUCUACUCUUAAUAAUACCUCAACUCUUUUACAACUUUGGAAUCUGUGCCAGACAAAUACUGAAAAUGCUCAACAACUUUCAAAAUCCAAACUACCCAACAACACCAAUUGUAUUGAACGUUGUUUGUUGCUUUAUUUGAGAACUUUAAAUUUAUUUUACUCCAUUGUUGCUGAAGAAAAAGUUAGAAGACAUAAACUUUUACUGCAUCGAACGGGUUUGAUUGCUGAAGGAUUUGUAAGCAACGCUGCUUUUCUUCUAUCAAAUCCAUCUUCACUUAUCCUCCCUGAAAAAUCUGAUUAUUUUUCUACGACUGCUAAAUCACUUUCAAAUACAACAUCGCCAAAUGCUAAAGCAAUAAACCUGUCUUUUCUUCUUGGGUCAACUUCUCAACAUCAUGGCCGUCGUCAAUUAACUAGUUAUUCUAAUUCAGUUGUGUUGACCUCCCUUGAGAUGCAUUUACGAAAUUCAUACAAAUCGUUUUUGGAAUCUCUCAAACCUGAUUUACACAGUCGUUUUCUCGAUUUAUUCAAUUCAACAAUGGAUGGAUUUUGUACAUUUUUGGAAUUUGCCGAGUUUUCCUUAAUUCGCCCUUUCAUUGACGAGUUGGUAAUUUUCUUACGGAUAUUGAUGGAUAUAUCUUCUGAAAAUUCUGCUCGUUUAGUCAGUCAAUUGAUCAAAAGUGCCUUCAGUAUUAAUUAUUUUUCUUUGAAACCAAUACAUUCCAAUCCUUUGUGUCAAAUCAAAAUUUGGGAAGAGCUGACAGAUUGUAAUAACGGUUCUUUUCUAUUUUCAUUUUGGUUUUUAUUUGUUCCAUUUAAAGCUGCUCCAUUAGAACUAUCUAAAUUUAUUCAAUCCUUCAAUACUUUCAUCAAAUUUUCCCAUUUUUCUGAAUUUUCAUCAUUGCUUUUGGAAGAGAUGUCAGGUUGGAUGCAUUCUAAUAGAAUGAAAUUACCUCUUGUUACUAUUGUGGAUGAAACUCAACAAGAACAAAUGAAUAGAUUAUUGCAUCAAUUUGAACCUUUUCUCUCGCAUUUACUCAAAUUAUAUCCAUUGACAAAUUCAAAUAGGACGAGAAAAUCUGUAUGA